UUUCUGUACCAAAAGCAAUAACCAUGAGCUACACUCGGGCUUACCAUGCGGCGUUGCACAGGGAUUCCCUAAAGCGCUUACCUUGUCCUUCGCUCCCACGAUGCGUCCCCUGCAGCGUCCCCGGCCAUCUCCUCCGGCCGAUGCCAGCAUCCGGCUUCCGUGUUCCGGUUCCUGUGAUGUCGGGACGUAUGGGCGCCGGAACCGGCGGCAAAUUUGAAAAUUGAAAAAAAAAUGACUUUUUUUAAAACGAUUAUUUUGUCCCGAGUGCUUUGUCCUGUGCCCUGGCCUGCAUUUUUACUGUUCUUUCUG